AUGCUCAUCAAGAGAUCAGAGCAGUGCGGGUUCGGCCACCGGCCCCAGUUCGAUAUUUAUUCUCUUCUCUUGCUCGAGGCUGAGGAUCUGAGACCAUUCGCCGGGAACAGCGAGAACAGCGCUGGGGUAUCAAUCCAUCUCCAGAAUGUUGAUCGCCUCGUCUACGAAAGUUGGCUUUCCCACUCCAGGCGUAGCUGCUGGCUGACGGAUAAGGGCUGGGAAGGUCAAGGUCUCUCCGACGGUCGACGUUGUCAAGUGCAAACCCUGUUUAAGGAUAUAACCAGUGUAGCCAAGAGGCUAUACCUAUAUGGGAGAUUAGAGCUUGAUAGUCUGCGCUGCUACAACAUGAAUUUGAUUCGGCCAAAAAUUACCGAAAUUCCGCCACCCUCACCACCACGCUACCCCUCCAAAUACGAUCAUGUACACCUAGCAACCGUUCAACCCACGAAGCGAAAGAGUUCCUUUCUGGAUAGCGAAGAUCAUCCUAAUCUCAAGAAGACGGUGCGAGGAAACCAAAACGUCAGACUGGGCCAUGCGUCCGCGCCUUUUAGAGACAAGAACGAUCCUCCGACACUUCGCCCGGCAGUCCUUUUGUCAGGAUUCACAUGGAGUGAGGCCAUUAGGGAAAAAAUUCUGAUGGUUGUCGCACCGUACAACCCAACCUCAACGCUGGUAUCUAUUCAGGUUUCGGAUGAAAUGCGAAGUAAGAUCCAAUGGGACACUGGCAUUGUAACCGACUGGGUCAAAGUGGUAUGCCGUUCAAUUGAGGAGCAAGAAAGGAUGAUCCGAGAUCUGUAUCGUGUGAGGUUCGCCUGGACUCAUCCGUGGCUCGAGGCUCAAGCUUGGGAAAGCAAUAGCAGCGGUGCGCUCGACCAUCCAAUACCGUCUCAUACACCGGCCGAGAGAUCCUGA